AUGUCUAAGAACAAUUUAUCGCAUAUGCACCCGCAACCAAUCCGCGUGCCUCCGAUGAAGCCGCAGAAGGUAUCGUUUUGGUUCACGGUAUUUGAGAAACAGCUUGAGGCGGCGGGAAUCGAGCGAGAUUCCGACAAAGUCGCCACCCUGUUUGGGUGUCUCGAAUCAGAGUAUCUGGAGCGACUCGAGGAUGUUGAUUUGGACUCCACGGUCGGCAGUCAGUACGACCGGCUAAAGGAAGAACUGAUACGGAGUCUAGCUGAAUCCGACAGCGAGCGGGUUAAAAGACUGGUAGAAAAAGAGGUGAUGGGCGACCGUAAGCCGUCCCAAUUCUACCACGACCUGAAGAAGCUGGCCAGUCCCUUAGCGUCGGAUCAGUUCAUCCUCACGUUAUGGAAGAAUCGUCUACCAGACCGCAUACGACGGGUGUUGGAGGUUAUGGACGACAUCAGCACGGAUAAAAUAAUCCAGGUCACGGAUAGAAUAGAGGAGGCCUGUUCAGGAAGCGAUCAGCGGGAGGCGAGAGUAGCAUCCGUGAGCAAACGCAAGGCACAGGACGACGCAGCGCCCAGUUUCAGGAAGGAAAUGCGUAAGGAAAGGCGUGAGGAAAUGAGCGAGGAAUUGCGCGAGGAAUUGCGGCAGAUUAAUGCGAGGAUCAACGCGCUCAGUAUUAGCGUCUGUCGACGAAUGCGUUCGCGUUCGCAUUCCCCCGGGAGGCGUCGUCGGCGUUCUACCUCCCGAAACGGUCUAUGUUAUUAUCACGACUUGUACCGCGAGCGGGCGCGAAAGUGUAGAUCUCCGUUACUGAGCGGGAAGAUCUCCCUUUUUGACUUUUGCAACGCGUUUUUUUUCUGUUUUUGUUAUUAUCAGUUAUUGUUUACCUGGAAUUGUUCCUAAUUAAUUGCAUCACUUUUUCUGCUUUUAUAAAGUACAGUAUAUAAUAAAAUACCCCAAUCUAGUGGUGUUAAAAUUAAUUAAAAAGUUACACUAUCAGUUAUGACUAAAUAAAGUUAUAA